UAAAUAAACACGGAUAACUGCGAAUUUUUUGAUAUAUAAAUACAACAAUUCCGAAUGUAAAAUUCAUAAUAAACCAGACACCAUGAAGGUAGCAUUUUUUGUAUUAGCGACAGUCCUCGCCUUCGCUUCCGCCGACGAGGAUGUCGGAUGGCUGAGCGAAAUGCUGAACGACCUGAAGGCGGAACAUCUGGAGGAGAAGAUCGUUCAUUUGCAAGGAAUGUGUUCUGGAAAUCAAGAAGCCGUAAAGGUCGCCGCCAGAGAGUUCGAACACUGCGUGGACGAUGUCAUCGAUUUUGAAACGAAGACGAUUUGCGGCAUCAUGAAGGCCGACUAUCAAAAUUGCACGGUGCCUUUCGUCAGAGUGCUGACCAGCUGCAUGGACGACGAAUACAAGGACAUUCCCGGCUUCCUCGUUAACACAGUUCACAACGUGGUCUCGUACAUUUGUAGGGUCAACGGACAACACUUCAUGGAACUGUCGAAUCCUUGUUUCUGGAACAGUGAGUCGACCGAUUUGAAGAAGUGCGAGGACUUGAUCGAGGCCAAAAUUGGUGAGCUUAAGCAAGAAGCCAAAACUACCAGCGGCGAGUAUUGCGAAUUCUUCGAAACAAUAAACGGCUGUUUCAACCAUCAUUUGAGGGCCGAAUGCAAACAUCCCGUGACGGUCGAAGCUUACAGCGGUCUCUACCAAGCUUUAACCAAAGAGUGCAAAAACAUUAAGAAUAACAAUUUGUAGAAAUAAAUACCUAUCAUUUGUAUUUAGUGACAAUAAAAUGGCAUUUUAAGUUUAA